AUGAAGGCGUCUCUUAUUGGAUUUCUCCUGCCUGCGGCAGCGAGUGCUCGCUUCAUCGAAGCAAAUGAAGUCAACCGCUUUCUCCCUACCGUAGAUGCACUUCUAGAAGAAGUGGAAGUUCCGGAAAGAUAUCUUAUCGAGCUGUCUCCUGGAAAGACAGCAUGGGUAACUGAGGAUGAGAAAUGGCAGCUUCGUCGUGAAGGACUACGGUUCAUGGAUAUCACGGACAACGUCGACCUCGCCGAGUUACGUGUUACCUCCCAAGAAUCACCCAUAUUCCCCGAGAAGGUCCAGCUCCAAUCCGAAAUCCAUCCCCUAUUAAAGGACUUAUCCAAGGACUUGCUCCAAGAACAUCUCGAGAAGUUUUCGAGCUUCCAUACGCGAUACUACAAAUCAGACUAUGGCCGCCAGUCUUCUGAGUGGCUGCUAAAGACAGUUCAAGACACAAUUAAGGAGGCAGGUGCUGAUAAAUACGGGGUUAAUGCGAAGCACUUCGAGCACUCCUGGGGCCAGAACUCGAUCAUCGCAACGAUUCCUGGCAAGUCGAAUGCAACUAUUGUCAUCGGUGCCCACCAGGAUUCGAUCAACCUCUGGUUCCCCUCCAUGCUUCCGGCCCCUGGUGCCGAUGAUGAUGGAAGUGGUACUGUUACGAUCCUCGAGGCUUUCCGCGUUCUUCUAUCUUCGAAAAGCGUAAUUGAAGGAAAUGCUCCGAAUACGAUCGAGUUCCACUGGUACAGUGCCGAGGAAGGCGGUCUCCUUGGAAGCCAGGCCGUCUUCGCGGACUACGCUAAGAAGAGCCGCGACGUCAAGGCUAUGCUGCAGCAAGAUAUGACUGGUUACGUCCAGGGAACGCUUGAUGCAGGAAAGCCCGAGAGCGUGGGUGUUAUCACUGACUUUGUUGACCCCGGCUUAACAGCUUUCAUCAAGAAGGUCAUCGAGGAGUACUGCGAGGUCCCCUGGGUUGAGACUAAGUGUGGAUACGCUUGCUCGGACCACGCAUCUGCUUCCAAGGCUGGUUAUCCUUCUGCUUUUGUUAUCGAGUCGACUUUCCCCGAGUCCAACCAGCAUAUUCACAACACCGAGGAUGUGAUCAAGUAUCUCUCCUUCGACCACAUGCUUCAGCACGCGAGGAUGACUCUUUCGCUUGUCUACGAGUUGGGUUUCACCGAUUUUGAGAAGUUGAAGUCAGAGAACGAGAUGGGAGAGUUGUAA